GGGGGGGGGGGGGGGGGGGAGUGCGGCAAAAAAACCAAGGAGAGAGUAUUGACGAGUAGAGUCGCGGACGCGAAAUAAAAUUAAAAAAAAGGGGGCGAUGCCUCGAAAAGUAUUGACAAAAUCGCGGAAGCGUUGACGCCGCCGCCAGCCGGUGCCGCCGGUUUUUGGGUCCCCGCCGUCACGCAGGGGACGUGCGCUGGGCCGGCCGGCGGGCGGGCGGGCGGGCGGGCGGGCGAGCCGUGUCGUGGAGGAAUGCCGCUCCCGUCGGCCCUGACCGGGCCUCCGGCGCCAAGAAACCGGGGAUUGUACGCGGCGGCCCGGGAGCGGCACAGUGGCGGCACGGCGGACGGACGGACGGACGCCGGCAUCGUCGGCUCGGCGCCCUCGCAGACUCCACCCUCGCAGACUCCUACCGCUGCCGCCGCUGCCAAGCCCCGCUUCCAAAGGGGAAUUUCGCGUGCACCUCAGGUCAAGAACCACCGCAGGAUCCCCGGACAAGGCCCUCUUGUCUCGGGCCACCGGCGAGGUGGAUUUGAGCGGAACGUGAGCGACCGCGGCGGUGCGGCGUUCGAUAACUUCGGGGACCCGGUUCGGUGCCCGUCAAGGACUCGUCGUCGCAGUGAAAGCCACCGUUGCUCCCUGCUGCAACGUCGGCUCCUGGCGACCGUGCAUCAUGAGCGCGCAAAAAAAUGCAUCGAUCGUUCUUCGGGGCACGGCUGUGGCAAAAGCACGCCGAAGGCACGUGCCGGCAAGAUGCGCGAUGAAAUUGCGCAUUGGCGUGAGAUGUGGAUUUCAAACCCGGGGGGCACUCGGCGGCGCCGGCAACGACGUCGCCCCUGACCUCUGAACCCCGAAAUCCAUUGGCGACCUCGCGUGCGGAGGAAUCUUUCAUUGCCCGGGAGGUGACUUCAUUUGGGCCUCGUUAAAGCCAGUUUGGGAGCGAGGCGCCGGAAUGGCGUUGAAAUCAGCAACAACGUCCACUCUGAGUCGUCGCGUCAAUCGGUGUCGUCUGUGCGAUGCCGAGUCGAGGGUUCCCACCCCAACCCCCCCCCCCUCACCCCCUCCCCCCGCCCCUUUAAAUCUCGCUGCGGGACCGAGAUGCGCGCAUCAGACAUCAUCUUGUUUGCCGUCUUCGGCUCGCAUUCCGGAGCCAGGCAAAUGGCCAGCACCUGGCCAAAUGCAAAACGGUGGUCCAACGAGAGAUAUGGAAUGUGUGUCGUGUGUGUCGUGUGUGUCGUGUGUGUGUGUGUGGAGCUGUCCAGUGUGCGUGCGCGUGGUGUGUGUGUAGGGAGCGGUAGUUGUAGCGGUUAGCGCGCCGCGCUACGAACCCCGGCGUCGGUGCCGAUUAUCCGAACCCGGUCGUCCCCUAGGGUCGGCUCGGCCUUAAAUGAGCAACUCGUGCGGUGUGUAGAAUCAUCGCCUGCCGGGUAGACGAAGGAGGCCCGGCGCGGCGCCGGCCACCCCACCGCUACGUGUGCCGCCUUUUGCGGGCGCCGCCGCUCGCCGACAGUCACUUGCCCCAACAGCCGGUGCAGGCCACACGGGGGACCUUUGUGUGCGAGCCGCGGGGGCUUGGCGGCGCCGAUCCGAGCCGCUGACAAAAAUUCGGUGGGGCCCUCCCAAACGCCCGGCGAGCAGCGUUGACGCGCACAAACGAGCGGGGCACCCGUUUUCUUCUUUUCUUUUCCCCGCUGCCAAAUGCGACCGCUGGAAAUCGAGGGGCCCGCCCCACCAACGCGUUGGCGGGGAGCCGUCCUGUUGCACCCACAAGAUCGCCGCCGCCCUGGCCGGCGCGUCGGGGUGAAGUCGGUCACAGCGGGCGGCGGCGUUGGGAUCGCGGUCGGCUCCCUCCGCGGUCGGCUCCCUCCGCGGUCGUACGGGACGAGUCCCGUGCUGCGUCGUGCUUUUUGGACCACUCCUGGAAUCGACCUGAGGCUAUGCUCGCCCCCCCCCUCGAGCGACAUGGGCAUCUUUGUCCCCUGCCAUAGCAAUGUGGAAAUGCCCGCCGCUGGCCUUGAGCUGUAUGUAGGAGGUGAGCAUCAAUGCCUCGAUGGGCUAAUUUGAAUCAGGAACUAACUUUGACUUGCCGGUUUUAAAAAAAGUAUAUUUAUUAAAAUAUUUUUUUUAUAUUUGUUUCGGGUUUUUGAUGUAUUCUUUCGGGGUUUUUUUCAUUAAAAAAAUGUAAGUAAAAUAUUUUUACUCGAAACAAAUUAAUUGGCAGUGAGAUUCACGUGGCCUGUCCCUGGAUGGGAAGUUGACCGUUUAGGAAAAAAAAAUUGUCAACAAAUCAUCUCAUCUCGAAAGAGAAAAAACAAGACCCAACCCCGAAACAGUUUAACAGCGAGCGCAUCGCAUUUCAUCUGCUCCAAGAGAGAGGAGAGGGAAAGAGUCUUGCGAGGAGUUGAGCACGAGAACCCAAGAUCCCCCCCCCUCCCCGUGCACGUUUGAAAAGAGGAAACGCGCGUGUUUUUUCUCCCUCCAAUAUUGCGGAGGCAUGUGAAGAACGUUAAAAACGCCUUUCAUCUAAAACAAAUUCGAUUCAUGGGCAGGGGGAGAGAAAAGAAAUUAAAGACAAAAUAAAAAAAAUAGACCACAAAGAAACCACCCAGCAAAGUGCUUUGUAGAUGUAUUUAAUAUGUAUUGUAUAUGAACCUAGGUUUAAUUAAAAGCGGGAGACGGGGCUGGCGAGUUCCCCCGAAUCCGAUGGAGAUUAAAAAGACGGUGGGGCUGAGAUUCUCCGGCGAGAUUGGGGGGGGGGGCGGGGGGUGGGCGAUCAAAUUUCUCCCCACCGCCGGGGUACCCCGCGUCAACAUUAAUCAGCGCGUGGAGCUCGCUAGCGGCAGCACGAACACACACGCCGGGUUUACCCGUGGACUAACGAGCGCCGCUCACACACAAGUGCAAGCCCCUCAAUUAUUCCUUCAUCAGUGGCGCGGCUGCCAUCACCGGCUCCUCCACGGCUGCCAACACCGACUCCUCCACGGCAACCAUCACCGACUCCUUCACGGCCACCAUCACCGACUCCUUCACGGCCACCAUCACCGGUUCAGAACAUGGGAGAGAUAGAGGGGAGAGGGGUGCCAGAUGCAGGUUCUUGUAGGCCCUGGGCACUUCGUAGGCCUUCAGUGAUCACAGUCUACAGUUGGUGCUGCUGCUGCUGCCCCAUGUCACUACAGACGCCGCUGUCACUUUCUAAAGCUGAUUUAUUAUUUUUGUAAACUGUCUCUGAUCAAGCGGUAGGACAACAACGCCGCCGUUGUCUUCCCUCGCACUGCAGCGCUAUUGAGAAUGAGAUUGUGCCGCAAACUCCAUUUGAAGAUGUUUAUUUUGCUAAUCUCGCAAUGACAAAAAUCUCGGAAAGGUCUUCUCCGGUGUUAUUUUCUCUCUCACCUUAUGAAGAAAACCAAUUGACAUUGAGAUGACUCUGCCUCUUUGUAUCCACACUGUGCCUAUGCCUUACUCAAAUGUAUAUUUUUAAAAUAUAUAUUUAUAAAAGAG